AUGACGGCCUCAGUAGCAGACGACACCGUUGUUGUGGAGGGCAGGACCCCUACCCACGGAAUCAGCGAUGAGAAAGUCCCUGCUGGCGAGGUAUACUCUGAGAAGAAGGGUGCCUUGGAUACCGAGAUCAGCAUUGCUCCUCCGUUGGACAACGACGAAUAUGACGAGAAGGACAAUGCUAGUGAUGAUGUUAUCAUCGUCACGGGUGCUGACGCCGCGGCUCACCUGCUGCCACUACGGGAUGAUGGCGAGCCAUCAUUGACGUUUCGAAGCAUGUUCCUGGCUACAUGUCUGUCUGCUUUCCAAGCUGUUAUGAGCCAAAUUUACCAGUUUAAACCAACCGCGGCAACAAUCUCGGGAACCUUCAUCGUCCUCAUCGCUUACUUCAUCGGCAAUGCCUGGGCUGCAUUCCUCCCUCGUGGUGACAAACUGCGGGCUCGAUGGGCAGCCAAGGGUGGCCAGGGAAAACCUCCCCUAUGGAUUACCAUCGCUGCCUUCAUCAACCCUGGACCCUGGAAUCUUAAGGAGCACGCAGUAUGUGCAAUUACAGCUACCUCUGCUUCCAACGCUUCUGCCAGUAUCACCGUCUUCACUGCCCAGGACCUGUUCUACAACUUGCCUUUGAGCGCCUCCACCGUCGUCUUGAGUACCAUCUCAAUUGGACUCUUUGGCUAUGGUAUCUGCGGUGUGUUGCGUCCUAUUGCCGUGUGGCACGUUGAAGCAGUCUACUGGAGUACUCUUCCUACGGUUAAGACCCUCCAGGGACUCCACUGGCAAAACCUCAAAGGUUCCAAGCCUCUCCGAUUCUUUUGGUACAGCUUUGCGGGCAUGUUCGUUUACGAGUUCUUCCCUGCCUAUAUUUUCCCGUUCCUGAACUCUAUCUCUAUCCCGUGCUUGGCCGCCAUGCACGCUACAGGUUCAAAGGCAGCUGUUCUCACCAAUUUGUUCGGUGGUGCUACAAACAACGAAGGACUGGGACUCUUCAGCUUCUCGUUUGAUUGGCAAUACAUCACCUCUUUCAAUACCUCUCUUCCUCUCACACUGCAGGCCCAUGCUGCUGCCGGAUUCAUUGUUUGCUACGCCGUGAUGCUCGCCAUCUACUAUACUAAUUCUUGGAGCGCCAAAUCUCAGCCAUUCAUGUCAACGCAACUUCGAUCUGAGAAUGGUACCAAGUACCCUGUUUCAAAGGUGUUUGUCGGUGGUGUGCUUGAUGAGAGUGCUUUGCAGACGUAUGGUAUUCCUAAACUCACAGGAAGCUUCGCAUAUGCCAUGUUCAUGGCCAACGCUGCUAUUGGUGCCCUGGUUGCUCAUUGUUUCCUGUUCUGGGGUGGAGAUGUCAAGAAGGCAUACCAAAGUGCGAAAAGCGGACGAUAUGACGAUAGACAUCACGCACACAUGGCUGAGCACUACAAGGAGGCACCCUGGUGGUGGUACAUUGCUGUGUUAGUUUUUAGCUUUAUUCUCGGCCUUGUUGUUGUUAUCAAGGAGAACAUUACCCUUCCUGCUUGGGCGUACGUCGUCGCCCUUCUUCUCGGCAUCUUCAUCGCCCCAUUGAGCACAAUUCUCUACUCUCGUUAUGGCAACGGUAUUGCCACCAACAACUUGUCCAAGAUGUUGGCUGGUUUGAUGCUUCCUGGUCGCCCUGUCGGCAACAUGUACUUUGCAGCCUGGUCUCACAACGUUAUUUCCAAUUGCGUCAGCCUGUGCAAUGACCUAAAGAUGGGCGAAUAUCUAAAAAUCCCACCCCGCGUCAUGUUUCUCACGCAAAUCUACGGUACUAUCCUAGGAGGCUUUGUCAACUACGGUGUCAUGAUCUCCAUCGUCAACGGCAAUCGCGAACUUCUUAUUGAUAGCAAUGGCAAUGCUUCCUGGAGCGGCGCAACUAUUCAAUCAUAUAACACCAACGCCACAUCUUGGGCCCUGGCAAAGUAUCUCUACAAGACUGGCGCUGAGUACGAGAUGGUGCCCAUUGGAUUGGCUAUCGGUGCUGGAGCGGUUGUUCUCCACCGUAUCUUCGUUUACUUCGUUCCCAAGAUUCGAAACUUCGAUGUUAACGACAUUAACUUGCCCCAAUUUAUCCAAUACGCCGGCUAUAUCCCAUAUAACCAGUCUCAAACCUGCGUUAUUUGGAGUCAGCUUGUUGCUGGGUUCUUCACCCAGUUCUAUCUCCGAAACUACCGCCCUCGCAUCUUCAAGGAUUAUUCGUACUUGGUCACUGGUGCCUUUGAUGGUGCCAGUCUCACAGUGCUGUUUAUCCUUUCCUUUGCGGUCUUUGGGGCUGGUGGCCCUGCUAAGCCUUUCCCUCAGUGGUGGGGCAACAAUAUCAACGGCAACUAUGACUUCUGCCCUAUACCCGAGUAG